AUGAGUUCAGCCGAUAAGAAAAAGAAGAACAAGAAGAAGGGAGGAAAGGUAACCUGUUCUUUUGUUUUUUCUGUCUUUUAGGUAUUACCCGUGUUCAACACCAAUUUUUUAGGGGAAUGCCGCCGAUGUAGAUGAGGAUUUUGACUCCCUUUUGGAGGAGUUCAAGACGACCGAGGUGAAGGAAGAGCCGGUAGAAGCCGCCAAGGCGGAAGAACCAGCGGCCGAAGAGCCGGUUGCCGAGAGUAAGAACAAAAAGAAGAAGAAGAAAAAGAAGAAGGGUGAAGAAGCUGAUGGAGACGACGAAGAGGAGGCUCCUCAAGAUUCUGGAACUCCCGAACCUGCCGCAGCUAAGGAUGAGACCGCAGCUAAGGAUGAGGCCGAUGACGACGACGAUGCCAAGGUGAACAUUAAUUGUUAUUCUACUAGAUAGCUUUAAAAAUUUACAUAGAAAUUUGUGCCUUUUUCACGGUGAUCUUUACAGAGUGACGCUGAGGAUCCAAAUGAAACCCCUGAAGAGCGAAAGAAGCGAAAAGAGAAGGAAAAAAAGAAAAAGAAGAAGGAUAAGAAGAAGAAAGAAGGAGAUGAGGAUGAUGGCAAGAAAAAGAAGAAGGUAACUCUUAUACUGUUAAACAAUGAGUAUUGCUCAUGUUUAGGGUGGAGCUAGCUCCCUGCUCAAGGAGAUGUUGAAGUUACGACAAGAACAAGAAGAAAAAGCGAGACAAGCAGAGGAAGAGGCAAGACGACAAGCGGAAGAAGAAGAAAAAGCCCGAAAGGAAGCUGUAAGUUAUCGUUUAUCUUUUUUGAAUUUGAAUUUAGGAAGAAGCCGAGAAAAAGCGUCGAGAAGAGUCAAGAAAACAGAAAGAAGAGCUGAUCGCGCAGCAGAAGAAAGAAGGAACUUAUUUGACCAAAAAACAACGACAACAACAGGCUCAGGCUCAAGCCAGACUCUUGCAGAAUGCUGGUGAGUGUUUUAUACUUAUUAUUUGAGCUUUUUAGAUAUCAUUCUUCCACCUGGAAUCCGCGGAGAGGCCGAUGAUGCAAAGCCAAAGAAGCCGCCAGUUUAUGGGCAGCGAAAACGAAAGCCAAAACAAGAGGAACAACAGCAGAAAGAGGCAGAACCUCCGGCUCCAGCAACUCCCGAACCACAGCCUGAACCCGAGCCAGAAGUCGAGAAGUUGGAUAGCCCUGAAAAAGAGGAUGUCGUAGAUGAUUGGGAAGAAAUUACCGUCGAAGAACAUGUCGUAGCAGAGCAAAAGGAGAAGAAGAAGCCUCAGAAACAAGCUUCCAAAGCGCAGGAAUCGAGCUCGGAAGAAGGAUCGUCUUCAGAAUCGGAUGAGGACUCCAGUGAAGAAGAAAGUGAAGAGGAAGAAGCUCCAGAAUCUGUCGAAGACAAGGCCAAAGUCCGUGAGAGACUGCGGAAAAGAGCUGAGGAGAAUGAAGCGAAACGGUGAGCAUAUUUCGUUUGAUUUUUAUUCAUGUUUAGGAGCACCGAUAACCUCCGAUCCCCCGUCAUUUGCGUGUUGGGUCACGUCGAUACGGGCAAGACCAAGAUGCUGGAUACGAUCAGAAGAACCAAUGUGCAGGAUGGAGAAGCUGGCGGAAUUACUCAGCAGAUCGGUGCGACUCGGGUCCCAGCCGACGCCAUCAAAGAGCGAUGCAAAAUGGUGCGGGAUUUCGCUCCGGAUGACAUGAAAAUCCCUGGGUUCUUGAUCAUCGACACACCUGGUCACGAAAGUUUUGCGUGAGGUUUUCUGGAUAAUUAGUUUUAUUUUUAGGCCUUUGAUGAUAUUGUAGUAGAUAAAUGAACCUUUGAUCUAUAUUAAAUUUUAUUUUUUAGCAACCUCCGAACCCGUGGAUCCUCCCUAUGUGACUUUGCCAUCCUCGUAGUCGAUAUCAUGCAUGGCCUGGAACCCCAAACUAUCGAAUCCCUGAAAUUGUUGCUAAAAAGAGCCACUCCAUUUGUUAUUGCGUUGAAUAAGAUUGACAGAUUGUAUGAUUACCAAUCAAAUCCACGAAAAGACAUCUGGCAACAUCUCAGAUCCCAGCCGCAGAACACGCAAUUAGAGUUCAAGGAGAGAUAUGAGAAGGUUAUGGUUGAAUUUGCGGAACAAGGUGGGUUGAAAUGGAGAUUUUGAGGUGUUAAUUGAGGGAAUCGAGUAGUUAUCAUUGGGGUUUGAAGAAUUUUUGACCAUAUUUUAGAUGGGAUUUGUUAUUUUUUAGAUGUUUAAUAUUGCUUUGGUCAAGAAAAAUAAGUUUUUCUGGAUGUUUUGAGAAUAAAAUCAUAUUUUUGAUCGGUUUGAAAGCUUAUUACGAGAAUAUUUUACCUUAUUUUAGGCGUGAACGUCGCCCUUGCAAAGGAUAACAAAAAUCCCGAAGAAUAUAUCUCGAUUGUCCCCACCUCGGCCUUCCUUGGAGAUGGUGUUGGCAACCUGAUGGCCUUUAUUGUCAACCAAAGCGAGACCCGGUUGGCCAAACGCCUGGCCUUUAGCGAGGAAUUGGACUGCACUGUGAUGGAAGUACGCUCCCUGCCCGGUCUCGGAAUGACGAUUGAUGUGAUCCUAGUGAAUGGAACUCUCCAUGUCAACGAUGCUAUCGUCUUGUCGGGCGUUGAUGGACCAAUUGCAACGACUAUCAGAGAUCUGUUGAUGCCGGCGCCGCUGAGAGAAAUUAGAAUUAAAGCGGACUAUGAGCAUUAUAAGGAGAUCAAGGGCGCACAAGGAGUCAAGGUCUUGGCCAAAAAUCUGGAAAAGGCCCUUCCUGGAUUACCGAUCUACGUUCCACAGCGAGCUGACGAAGUGGAUGUAUACAUGUAUGUUGUUUUACAUGAUUUUGGAAAUUUUAUGUCGAUUUUUUAGGGAAGACGCCAAACAUCAGCUGGAAAAUGCCCUCAUGGCCAUCAAAAAGAAGCCUGAAGGAGUUUACGUCCAAGCCAGCACUUUGGGAUCUCUGGAAGCACUUCUAGACUUUUUAAAACAACAGAAAAUCCCAUAUUCUGGAGUAAACAUUGGCCCAGUUCAUAGAAAAGACGUCCAAAAGGCAUCGACUAUGCAUCAACAUAACGAAGACUAUGCUGUGAUCUUGGCCUUUGACGUACCGGUAGACCGAGAAGCACAGGUUUUGGCCGAUAAAGAGCGGGUUCGAAUCUUCCAGGCUGAUAUUAUAUAUCAUCUGGAAGAUGCGUUCCUAAAACAUAGAGAAGAUCUUCGACUGCAGAGGAAAAAGGCUAAUGAACAUUUGGCAAUCUUCCCGUGCAUCUUGAGAAUCAUGCCGCAACAUAUUUUCAACACGAGGAAUCCAAUUGUUUUGGGUGUGAAUGUGGAGGCUGGGAAGCUGAAAAAAGGUACCCCGAUCUGCGCCAAAACUCCGGAUGAGGUGAGUAGAGUAAUAAGAAGGUCUUUCAAGGCUUUGAAAAAUGCCAAAGUGGGACAGUUGGGGCCGGAAAUAGGAGAUUUUUUUUAUAUUAUAGUAGGCUGUAAGGUCCAGACGGGAAACUAUCGAUUUGAGGCUUGAUUUUUGGUGUAAAUAUCAGUUGAUUUUAGGUCGUUUUCCUUGGCACGGUCUCCUCUAUCGAACACAACCACGAACAAGUCGAUGUAGGCAAGACUGGAGACGAAUUGGCCAUCAAAAUCGAUAACACCACUGGAGAUGCCCCCAAACUUUAUGGCCGCCAUUUCACCCACACCGACCCACUUGUUAGUAGAGUAAGUGCUCUUCAUAGGUUGAUAGGAUUGUAUUGUUAUUGGUUUACUGUUUAAUAUGCAAAUUUUAUUGCAGAUCAGCCGACAGAGCAUCGAUGUUUGCAAGGCCCACUUCCGCGACGAACUUACCCAAGCCGAUUGGACCUUGAUCAUUCGCCUCAAGAAAAUGUUAAACAUCUUAUAG